GCCGCGCUCGGAGCCGCCACUGGCACUGCCUCCCUCCGUAAGCUCCGCGGCGAAGGACUUAUCUCCCCAACCUUUUCCCUCCGUUUGUUUGCGCCUCUUUAUUUGAACAAUGGCCGACACGUUGGACUCUGUCUCCGACAUCUCCGCCAAGGAUCUGAAGGAGAAGAAGCUGGUGGAGGACAAGGAGAACGGGAAAGAUGCCGCCACCAAUGGGAAGGACAACGAGGAGAAUGGAGAGCCUGACGUAGACGACGAGGAAGAGGAGGAGGUGGAUGAGGAAGAUGAGGAAGAUGAUGGAGAAGGCGAAGAAGAGGAUGAGGAUGAUGAUGAAGAUGACGUUGAGGGCGGAACAAAACGGGCGGCAGAUGACGAUGAUGAGGACGAUGAGGAUGACGUCGAAACCAAGAAGGCGAAAACCAGCGACGACGAUUGAUACGUUUAACCCCACCCACUUCCUGCUGAACCACUUCCUGAAUCUUUCACCUCUGACCUUUUUCGACGACGUCACAGGUGGAGGGGGCUGGAGGACUCGAUAAUACAGAUCUAAAAAUGUUAAAAAAGUGGACAAAAAAAAUCUUUAAAAAAACUUAAAUAAACAAAACAACAUGGUCAUUAUUAGCGAGUAGAGUUCAACCACAGCCACAUUUCCCAAUUUCCGCAAAAAACAACAAAAAAAACCCGGCCACAGAUUUUCUAUAGAGGAGCCCAUUCCGGCGCAGAAUUCCGGCUUUCAACAACUUUACUAACGGAGAAUUUGUUUGUAUUUUUAUUUACAUUUUAUAUUUUUGUACAUAUUGUUUGGAGAAGGGUGGAGGUGGACCCAUGCAUUUCUCUGUCUCUCCUACAGUAGGCGCUCACGAUAGGCAGCGAUAUCUCUCAGCUAAACAAUCGGUGCUUAUUGACUUGGUUGACCAUGUUAUGAUAUUUUGACAGAUGGCUUGUCGAAAAAUAUACAAGAAAAAAAUAAACAAGACAGCAACCUCUCUUAAAGCCGUUGAACUCAGAGCAUUCCAGUGAAUUUAAUGUAUGUACUUAGCUGUACCAUAACUAGUUUGUUUGUAUGGGAGGGCAAGGCCAAAGAAGAGCCUGUUUUUUCUUUUUCCUGUUGUUCAUUUUGUUUGGUUUCGUUUUUGUCGGCGACUUUACGUUUUGACGGCCUGUUUCGGUGUAUGUGCGAAGUUUGUUGUUUGACAAUAAACCGGACUUUUAUUUUGUGAGUUGUA